AUGUUCUGGCUCACUGGUGCGGCAAUCCUGGCAGGUUACCUGCUCGGUAGCUUUCCUACCGCUUACCUCGCCGGCCGUUUCAUCACCCCGACCGGCACCGAUAUAACGUCAUUUGGCGAUGGCAACGCCGGCGCCGCCAAUGUUGGCCGCCUGCUGGGCGCCCGUUGGGGCAUUAUUAUCGCCGCCGUUGACAUUGCCAAGGGAGUGGCGGCGGUUUUCGCGGAAACCGUGGAUCGCGUUAGCGCCGCGCCGGGUAUGUUGGCCGGAGCCGCCGCCCUGGUGGGCCACGUCUGGCCCGUGUGGACGCGUUUCCGAGGCGGACGCGGCGCCGCCACCGCAGCCGGAGUUAUGAGCGCGAUCCUGUCCUGGCCCGUGCUGAUAAUGUUUGCGCCUACCAUGGCGAUCCUGUAUCUAACCCGCAGCACCACCGCCGCACUGGCCUUCGCAUAUCUCUCGACCGUCGCCGUGGCGAAGGUUAUUUUCGGGGUGUCGUGGGGACCCAUUUCGUAUUGCCUGGCAUUAUUCGUGGCCGUGGGACUGAUCCAUCUCUGGAGCGUUCUAUGCCGCGCCAGACCAUCCGGCGCAACGGUGGCAUCCGGCCAGGCGGCGCACCGGCAGGAAAAGCCCCGCGCCCUCACACGAUAG